UUCAAACGUACGAGUAUAAAUAAGUGCUCGUUUUCUUUGAGUAAAAGCAGAAUAGAGAGGUGUGGUAUAUUACAGAAAAGUACCCUCAUCGCCAAAGAAACUCCAGAGUCAUCCCGCUCUUGUCCAUUCCGCACCGCAUAGACGAGCAGACAGACAGAGCCGAAGAAGUCUCUUUCUUCCCCCCUCUGACACUCAUCGGUCCGACUUUUCCCUCCUUGGGGCAACUCGGAUAUCUCCGCUUCCCGCUGAAGAAGAAGAAGAAGAAGAAGAAGAAGAAGAAGAAGGGUUGCUUCCAAGCAAAAGGGCCAAAAGACCGAACAAGUCCGAUGUCUACGUCAUCUCCGACUGCUACCCAUCUAGUGCUUCUGCUCCUUUCCGUCUUAGGGUUAGGUUUCGGUUCUGGUUACAGCCACGCUCUCAAAGUUCCGUUUAGGGUUAAUGAUGUUCUCCCGGUGCUUCCGCGUCAAAUUGCGUGGCCCGUGUUGAACAAUCUCCACGCUGCCGUUGACUUGAUGCCGUAUUACGUCGGAUCGGUCACUCCGGCGAACGGGACGAUUCGGUGGAAAGGAGCUUGCUUUUAUGACAACGAAGCUCGAAUCGACUUCACCCAUGGCGAUCGCGACGAGCCUGGUUUGGGCGGUGGCGUGCUCUACCUAAAGACAUCCGCAGCACAUAGUUGGACCUGUAUGGAUUUGUAUGUUUUUGCUACGCCGUAUAGGGUUACAUGGGACUACUACUUUUCUGCCAGAAAUCACACACUGAAGUUUGAUUCAUGGGAGGAACGUGCAGAGAUGGAAUAUGUGAAGCAGCAUGGUGUAUCUGUGUUUCUAAUGCCUGCAGGAAUGAUGGGAACCAUGCUUUCUUUAGUAGAUGUUUUGCCGUUGUUCUCGAACACAGCUUGGGGUCAGAGUUCUAAUUUGGCUUUUCUACAGAAGCAUAUGGGUGCCAAGUUCGAGAAACGUCCUCAACCAUGGCAAGCGACUAUAAACCCCGAUGAGGUUCACUCUGGGGACUUUCUUGCUGUUUCAAAGAUCCGUGGACGGUGGGGUGGGUUCGAGACUCUAGAGAAAUGGGUAACUGGUGCAUUUGCUGGUCACACAGCAGUUUGCCUGAAGGAUGAGCAAGGCAAUCUAUGGGUUGGUGAAUCAGGCCAUGAGAAUGAAAAGGGUGAAGAGGUAAUAGCAGUAAUUCCAUGGGAUGAAUGGUGGGCAUUGUCCUUGAAAGAUGAUUCCAAUCCACAAAUUGCUCUGCUUCCCCUGCAUCCGGAUGUGCGUGCUAGAUUUAACAACACUGCAGCUUGGGAAUAUGUCCGGACCAUGGCUGGGAAGCCAUAUGGUUACCAUAACAUGAUAUUUAGUUGGAUUGAUACAAUAGCUGACAAUUAUCCACCACCUCUUGAUGCUCACUUGGUCAUUUCUGUCAUGUCUAUGUGGACUCGUGUGCAGCCAGCAUAUGCUGCAAACAUGUGGAAUGAAGCCCUAAACAAACGGCUGGAGACUGAGGAUUUGGACUUGUAUGGAAUUCUUGCUGAGGUGGAAAAGCGCGGCAUGUCCUUUGAUGAGUUACUCACGCAACCAGAGCAAGAUGAAUGGGUAUAUAGUGACGGGAAAUCCACAACCUGUGUUGCUUUCAUUCUCCAAAUGUAUAAGGAAGCUGGAUUAUUUGAUCCCAUUGCCAGCUCCAUCCAAGUGACUGAAUUCACUAUUCGUGAUGCUUACAUGCUCAAAAUAUUCGAGAACAAUCAAACCCGCCUUCCUAGCUGGUGCAGUAAUCGAGAUGGCCGGCUCUCGUUCUGCCAAAUCCUCGGUGAGUACUGGAUGGAGUUUCCCGAGUACAAUAGCAUAGAGCCAUAUGCCAAGAUGAACGAAAACUGCCCAUCUCUACCUCCCAUCUAUGACAGGCCUUCUCAGUGUUAAAGCUUUCUAAUAUAUAACACAUCCCUUUCUGUGCCUUUCUGCCAACCAGAAAGGUACUACUCGAAUACCACGUCUGUAGCACUACUACACCAUUUCUCAAACUGUAUACAUGAACCCAUGCUUGUAAGUGUAACUUAUGUGUGCUUCUGUACAUAAAACCACGCCGAUAGUGGGUCUAUUAGUUCAAGUUUGGAACUUCUUAGUAGAUUAUAUGUUUGCUAUGAAUUGUGAAUCAGAAUAAAUGUGGAGCACGCGCCAUUCUCUGUUUAUACCUUCAAUAGCAGCACAUUCUAUUUAAAGGCAAGCCAGGUUUAGUUUUUUCCCAUGCUAUUUUUACUGUUACAACUGGGGCAGAGUUCCAGGAGUGGAAUUACUGGGAAAUAUCUUACAUGAACAGCCUACAUAUUAAUGAUACUGAUUCAACUCUGAUAUGAUCUGCCAAGGGUAAAUAGAAAAAUGAAGAGGAAGCUAAAGUCCAGAUUCAGAUUUCCCCAUCCCAGAGCUCCUCGAUGGUCUUGAAAGGGCCUUGGUCUGAGAUGUAAUCCUGUCCCUGGCACCCUCUGCUUUGGGGGAUCUCACUCAGCUUCUUGUUCUCUUCUUCAGAAAAUGCCCAACUGAAGAUGUCAAGAUUCUCCUUCAUUCUCUCCUCGUUGAAGCUCUUCACCACAACGCAAACCUCCUGCUCGUAUGCCCAUCUCAGGCAAACCUGUGGACAAGAAAAUGGGUUAACAGUACCUUGUGCCAGAUAUUAUGGCUCCAUAAGAAAGAAACUUGUCCUGAAUUAUCAACUGGAACUUCGUAAAGUGAACUUUGAUCACAUAGAAGAUGGAUUACACAGAAGAAAAGGGCACCUGGGCUACAGUUUUCCCUUUGGCACGGGCAAUUUCUCCAAGGAUUUCAUUUUCAAGGACCCUGUUGCUCCCCCAAACGGUUCCUUUGGCUCCCAAUGGAGCGUACGCACUCAGAAUGAUCCCGUUUGACUUGCAGAAAUCCCUCAGCUUCUUCUGUUGCCACAGUGGGAGGAACUUACUUGAUUAACAGCCGGUGGAAUCUUGGCAAGGGCAAGGAGAUCCGUGAGCUUUUUGCAGGUGAAAUUACUGACUCCAAUGUUCUUGGUGAGCCCCAUAUUCUGGCACUCCUCCAUUGCUCCCCACACGGCUGCAUAGUCCAUCGCCAUGAAAUCUUCCUUCUUGAUCGGGAACUCGUACGUUCCCUGGCGCGAGCUCACUGGCCAGUGAAUCAGAUACAGAUCCAGAUAUUCCAGUUGAAGGUGGCUGGAGGCUUUUCUGGAGGGCGAGGAGAACGAGAUCGGCGUGGGCGUCGCUGCACCAAAGCUUCGAGGUAAUGAAGAGCUCGUCGCGGGAUUGGAUUAAGCCACGAGACAGAGCUUCGGCGAUGGCUUCCCCGAGAGGCUCCUCUGUCUGGUACAGGGUUGCUGUGUCGAAGUGGCGGUAACCCAACUCAAUUGCUUGGACGACGGCGGACUUGGUGGCGCCGGACCCGAUCAGUGGAGAAGUCGCCGUACCCAUUCCGAGCAACGGCAUCCUCCGGCCGCUGGAGCUCAGUAUCACCUCCGGUAUGCUGGUCGCCGGAUUCGUAUCCAUCUUCUGUUAGCACUCUGUUUAAUUUCUCAAAGUUUGUGAUGGAACAAAAUUGGCAAACUCCCUUUUUAAGAUAUCGUCGUCAAGAGAGAUAACCCAAAACCCAGAUAUGUUCGCGUCCCAGCAAUUUUGUCAGAACGUCAAUGGAACGAUCGGCUCUUUGCUUUCCAAACAGAGACAAACCAAAUUUGCCCAAUUGGGGAAAAAGGUUUGAGUAACUUAACUACGGAGGAAUUGGUCAAAGCUUUUUAUCUUUUGAUUUAUUCUAACUUGUGUAGUAAGAAGAUGUGGUUGAUAGCAGGAAGAGAUAAAUAUGGUGUGUGGAAACAAAGUCACACCCACCCACCACAUCCGCCAUUUUUUAAGCCUUUUCUUCAGCUCCCAUCUUUGCAGGCGGGAAGACACCAGUUGGUCCCUCCUCAACUUUCCCCGCACCUUUUGCAUGAGCGCUAAAUUGUAUUUUCA